AUGAAGAUAUCUUACGUCUUGCUAGGACUGCUCGCCACCACGGUACAUGCUACCAUCACCGGUGACGAAAACAUCCGUCAACACAUUCCACCUCGUGUAUUGACUCAGGAUGCUGAUGAUCUGAUCAAACAGCUUGUGGCCGCUGCUAAGGAGGUUGCUAACGCCAACGGUCAGAAAAACAUCACGCCAAAAGUUGACAGCGAGAAGAUCAAGAGUGACGCCCGAAACCUCGGAAACUCUUUUGUUCUGGAGGAUCUCCAGAAGCAGCAGGACUUUGCCUACUACGUCUAUCCUUAUUUCUGUGACCCCCCAGAUUGGUACGAUGUUCUGAGUGUCUUUGCCCCCAGGCGUGAUCCUUAUGCCAUUAAAUAUUGGCUUUCGAGAUCUGGCUCUGCCCCGUACACUCUUGCGCAGUAUAACGAAGCCAUCAACCAGGUGUACAAGAUGUACGCCGCCCAGCAGGCUGCUAGAUGGAAGGAGACCCAGGAGCAUAUCACGGUGGUCAACAAUUGGCCCCCUGCAGGAAAGUGUAUCCCCCUUGCCUCUAUCACCGCCACAACUGUCGUCCCUGGUACCAAAGCUGGAACCACCACAAUCGCCAGCGGUGGUGGUUACCACGUGGCGAUUACAAAAGUUCCUGUUUCCACCACCACUGUUGCUGGAUUGACUGCUGGAACACGAACCCUGGUAAAUUCGAAGGGCAACUUCUAUGAUGAAGUUGUAGUUGUUCCUGACUCGACAACCAUCGUGCCAGGCCCCACUGCCGGAACAGCCACACUUCCCAAAUCUGGUGGUGGGUUCUAUGAAGAGGUUACCCGCGUUCCGGUCUCCACUAACAGCGUACCUGGUUUGAUUGCUGGUUCAGAAACCCUCGUUGAUUCUGAUGGAGAUUUCUAUGAGCAGAUAACACUCGUUCCUGUCUCCACAAAUGUCGUGCCUGGUCACAUUGUUGGAACUGAGACUCUUCUCAACGCUGAUGGCGAUUUCUAUGGGCAGGUUACUGUGGUCCCAGACUCGACAACUGUGGUCCCCGGCAAUACGGCUGGAACUGCCACUCUUCCGGACGCCGAGGGUGGAUUUUACGAACGAGUUACCAGUGUUCCAGUCUCCACCAACACCGUUCCGGGUUUGAUCGCUGGCACAGAAACCCUCGUCAAUCGCAAUGGCAGUUUCUAUGAGCAGGUAACUAUUGUUCCCACGUCAACAACGGUCGUGCCAGGCCAUAUUGGUGGAACUGCGACUCUUCGAAACAGCGAUGGUGGUUACUACGAGAGAGUCACGAGUGUCCCUGUCUCAACCAACACCGUUCCUGGAUCGAUUCAUGGCACUGAGACCCUCGUCAACCGUAAUGGCAGUUUCUAUGAGGUGGUAACAGUGGUUCCCACAUCAACGACUGUGGUUCCUGGCCACACGGCAGGAACAACAACUCUGCGAAACCCUGAUGGUGGGUUCUAUGAAGUCGUCACGAGUGUCCCUGUCUCAACCAACACCGUUCCUGGAUUGGUUCCAGGAACUGCGACCCUUGUCAAUCGCAACGGCAGUUUCUAUGAGGUGGUAACAGCGGUUCCCACAUCAACGACUGUGGUUCCUGGCCACACGGCAGGAACAACAACUCUGCGAAACCCUGAUGGUGGGUUCUAUGAAGUCGUCACGAGUGUCCCUGUCUCAACCAACACCGUUCCUGGAUUGGUUCCAGGAACUGCGACCCUUGUCAAUCGCAACGGCAGUUUCUAUGAGGUGGUAACAGCGGUUGCCACAUCAACGACUGUGGUUCCUGGCCACACGGCAGGAACUGCGACUCUUCGAAACAGCGAUGGUGGUUUCUACGAGCGAGUCACGAGUGUCCCUGUCUCAACCAACACCGUUCCUGGAUCGAUUCAUGGCACUGCAACCCUCGUCAACCGCAAUGGCAGUUUCUAUGAGGUGGUAACCUUCGUCCCCACGUCAACAACGGUCGUUCCAGGACACACAGCUGGAACUAUGACUCUGAGAAAUGCUGAUGGUGGCUUUUAUGAAGUCGUCACCAGUGUUCCUGUCUCGAGUAACACUGUGCCUGGAUUGAUUGCAGGAACAGCAACCCUUGUCGACCGCAAUGGAAGUUUCUAUGAGAUGGUAACAGUGGUUCCCACAUCAACGACUGUUGUGCCAGGCCUCACCGCUGGAACCGCGACCCUUCGAAAUCCUGAUGGCGGAUUCUAUGAGCAAAUCACCAAUGUUCCUGUCUUCACCAACACCCUUCCAGGUUCGAUUGGUGGAACAGCAACUCUCAUAAACCGUAAUGGCAGUUUCUAUGAGCAGAUCACAGUUGUUCCAACGUCAACAACUGUGGUUCCAGGUCCCAGAGCUGGAACUACCAUUCUUCGAAACACUGAUGGCGGUUUCUAUGUACGGGUUAAUGUCGUGCCAGCGUCAACAACGGUAGUGCCGGGCCACACGGCUGGGACCGCAACUCUUCAAAACACUGAUGGCAAUUUUUAUGAGGAGGUUACCAGCGUUCCCGUCUCCACAAACGUUGUUCUUGGUCUGAGUGCUGGCACAGAAACCCUUCUUGAUGGUAAUGGCAGUUUCUAUGAGCAGGUAACCCUCACUAUGGUCUCAACAAACACUGUCCUAGGAACAUCUGCUGGUACUGAGACACUCAUCAAUUCACAUGGAGAUUUCUAUGAGCAGGUAACCAGGGUCGCAAGCUCUUCUAUCAUUUCGACCUACUCCUCAGGUAGCAUUGUUUCUACAAACAUUGUUCCAGGAUACAGUGAAGGUACGGAGAUCCUCACUGGCACUGAUGGAAACUUGUUUGCUCAAGUGACACGCACCCCAAUCUCCACCAACACUGUUUCUGGAUCUAUUGUCGGCACAGAGAUCCUUAUCAACUCGGACGGAGAUUUUUUCGAGCAAGUCACCAGUUUUCCUGUCUUUACCAUCAUUAAUGCAACCUCCUCUGCCUCUGCCUCGGCAGGUAGCAUCUCGUCAACUAGCGUUCCUUCCUGGACACAUGUUAAUGACACAUUCAUUGUAUCUGCCACAAAUGAUACUUCUUCAUCUGCUGUCGACCCCUCCAUCAUCUUUUUCAGACCCUCCGAAGAAGGUGAAACCCUCAGUGACACCACUGGAGACGCUGUGGAGCAAGAAAGUAGUACUCCAGUUUCCACCGGCUCUCUUUUAGGAUCCCUUUUCGACACGGAGAUACUGUCAAAGUCGAACGGAGUAGUUAGCACCCCAGUCCCAACAGCUGCAAAUGUCACGUUGUCUGCGACUCCCCCGACUGAUAUCAUCUAUGUCGACCCCAAAACCGCCCUUUUGGAAUCCACAAAAGAAGUCAAGCCUUUCAAUGACACCAGCGGUAGUCCCUUUGUGUAUGUGACUGGCACCCCAGUCGCUACCAGGAAUAAUACUGGCAUUAACGCUGCGAUAGAAAUGCACACGAGCCCCAGCAGAGUCGGUUUUGAGCAGGCUACCGUUUUCUCACAUGUUUCUUCCACUAUGGCAUCCUCCACCAACGGUGUCGACUCCGUCCUCGUGGCUCCUAGACCAACAACUAGUCUCAGAAACUCCGUUGAUGAGUUCAAUGAACUGAGUACCAGCGCUUUUGUCUUGAAAAAAUCGGUAUCGGGGCCCACGGCAACCUCAAACACCAACAACGAAGUUUUUGAGAAGGAGACUGUAUCGGAAACCACUGUCACUGGAACUGUUCCCGGAACCACACCCCCGGUGACCACAAUUUUUGACAUGACAUCCGAAAGUGGCAGAAAUGCAAUUGGCACAAAGACGAGCACAGGGACAAAAUCGGAUGACACUGCUAGCGGUACUUUGAGCGUCUCACAGGGAGCCUCCAGCUCUGAUGGAUCCGCCAGGGACACAUCUGGCUUCGCUGUUUCUGUUAGCCUUGGUAGUUCUGUCGGCUCUGGAGUUUCUGCCGACUCUCGCAGCUCAUCUGGUUCCUCCGGCUCCCCCCGUCCAUUUGUCAACCCCUCUACCCCUGACCAAGUCGGUGUCACUGGAGCUCGUUCUGCUCAGACUUCUGGUCGUGGUAAGCCCACCCAGGCCAAUGCUGGCUCCAGACUAACUGUCGGCGUCGCCAUGGUCUUGCCUUGCCUCUUAGCCCUUCAUAAUCUGUAUUAA